GCAUGCGCAGCAGCCAGCUAGCCGUGUGGCGACGUGUACCCGGUGAGUGUGUGAGUGGAAGAGUUCAGGUCUCUCAUCAUCUGCUGCUGCUGGACAACAAGCUCACAGUAAACCCUACACAGAGGUGAACCAUGGGAGGAGCGCAGAGUGUGGAGAUACCAGGAGGAGGCUCAGAGGGCUACCACGUCCUCCGGGUUCAGGAGAACUCGCCAGGACACCGAGCAGGACUGGAGCCUUUCUUUGACUUUAUCGUCUCCAUCAACAACACCAGACUGAACAAGGACAAUGACACCUUAAAAGACUUGCUGAAAGCCAGUGUGGAGAAACCAGUUAAGAUGCUGGUUUACUCCUCAAAGACCCUGGAGCUGCGGGAGUCUACAGUCACGCCCAGCAACCUGUGGGGGGGCCAGGGCUUGCUCGGCGUCUCCAUUCGUUUCUGCAGCUUUGAGGGGGCCAAUGAGAAUGUUUGGCAUGUACUGGAAGUAGAGCCUAAUUCCCCAGCAGCCCUCGCCGGCUUGCGGCCGCACACUGACUACAUCAUUGGAGCCGACACUGUUAUGAAUGAGUCAGAGGACCUGUUUUCUCUGAUAGAAAGCCAUGAAGGGAAAGGACUGAAGCUCUAUGUGUACAACACAGACACUGACAACUGCAGAGAAGUGAUCAUCACACCUAACAGUGCCUGGGGAGGAGAGGGCAGCCUUGGAUGUGGGAUUGGCUAUGGAUACCUCCACAGGAUUCCCACCAGGCCUUUUGAGGAGGGCAAGAAGAUCAGCUUCCCUGGAAACUCUCCCAGUGAGCCUGUCAGUCCGUUGAAGGAUGGAUUCACUGAGGUCCAGCUCUCAGCAGUGACCCCUCCUUCUACUGUACCUGCUGUCCCCACUGGCCUUGAAGAUGCACUGUCAGGCCUGUCAAUCAGCAAAGCCCCGCCCACCAUGCCCAGGGAGCUGCAGACAGGUUUGCCCACAGUCCCUCUGCUCCCCUCCUCCACCAACCCCGCCCUAGGCCCACUCACUCCACUGAAUCCUGCCACCACUGGCUUCAACCCCGCCACCACGCUACCAGGUCUGUUGCCCCUCCCAGCUGGCUUACCUCCGCUCCCCAACUUGGCCAACCUCAACCUGCCACUCCCAGACCUCAGUGCCAUGUCACUAGCGGGCACAUUACCACCAGGUACAGUCCCUCUGGGGCUCCCACCCCUCAACCUCCCAGGUCUGGCCCCCUUACCCCUUCUACCCACCAUGCUGCCCUCCCAGCUGCCUCCUAACUUCCCUCAGGGAGUGGCCCACUUCCUGUCCAACGCCACCGCCGCUCAUACAGCCUCGGUCACAGUCACAGCAGCGCCUGCGUCCGAGCCCGCCGCCGACCCCACAGUCCCCACGGAAGCGGCCUCCACGAACGCCACGGAAUCGCCGGCCCCAACGGAAACAACACUAACGUCGUAACCUGGGAAAGAAGAUCCCGCUUGCCAUCAAAACCAAAACAUACAUCCGGUUUCUCUCCCCCCCCAUACCCCCCUCCCUGUCUGUCUUUCUCUGUGUUUUUCUAUUUAUUUGGCCAAGAGGGACAGGCAGACAGCUGCACCAGUACAGACACAGGAGGGCGUCGUGCUCCAGGUAUGGGUGAGGAAGCUUGUGUGGAGCUAUGAAGGAUGAAUGGAUAUGAAGAAUGGAGGACGGAUGUAGACUGGUCUUACCAACAUGUCUUUAUUACCAGAUUGUCACGGAGUUUGUCCAAGCCACUGUAGGACGAGGACAAGGUCUUACUCUUCGGUUUAUAGUUUGCUUCGCACUUCUGCAGUUACAACAAGGCAAAGAACUAUCUUUCUCCUUUCUGAUCUGGCAAGCCUUUCUGUUUCACACUUAUGACUUUUUUUUAUAUAAAUAAAAUAAAUGUUUAUGGGGCUGGACCAUAAAUCGAAUUUACUGACUUACUAUCAACAUCAUGAAUUACAAAUAAACUAAGAAUAGCUACAGCAAUGACUGGAAGUUGAGCUCAAAGUCCAGUUCACAGGGUGUUUAACUGGUCAUACUGGAAUAAACCAGGACAAAGAUAUCAGAAGUGGGCCUACAGGAGAAAAGAAACAUCAUGCACUGCUGUAUUAAAAAAACAUAGGUAAAUAUGAAUUCAUCAUGUUAUAGGUUUUUGGCCUUAUCAUCCAGCCCAUACAUGUAACCUUUUUAUUAUUAGUUAAUAGACCCCUGACCGAUAGAUUAAUUUGAUUGACAUGUAUAAUUAUUUUUUCGAAAUUGCUGUAUGAGUGUCUCCACCCAAAUGAAUGAAUCUGCAUUAUUUUGCACCAUCUCUGAGUUUUGAAAUUAUUAGUCUGUCCCUUUGUAUGUCUCCAUGUAUAUCCAGAACUCGACAGUAUCCGUCUCUACCACACGGGGACGGUAACAGCCUGAAGGCCAUGCCAGAGGGGGGACAGAGGUUUACAGUUACAGGAGCUACUGAGCAGAGUGUAUGUGCUUGCUGUUGGGUGAAACGCGGAUGGAGAGGUAUUAAUAAAUUACACACCGGACGUCUCCUCGUGGCAUGGCCGAAGCGAAAUUGGUAGGCAGAGUUGCAGUGAUGCACUGCAACCACAAGGUGUCACUGUAACAGAACUUUCUGAAAACAUCUACACUGUGCACAGUGCGAGCAAUAAAGCCAAAUUAAUUUUA